UCAUAGCUCAUCCACCUGAGCUGCAUUUCUGGACUUUUACCUCUUAUCCACAUUAGAGAAGGUAGAGAUGACUGGUUUUGAGGGUUCAGGAUGCUCCCUUCACCUGCCUGUAUCUCACUUUAGAUGAGUCCAGCUUUGCCCCUGAACCAGGGAGUCUGCUAUGCCCUGGGCGGUGCCCCCUACCAGCUCACAGGAAACGCACUUGGUUUUUCCCCCCAAAUCUUCCUGCUGGAUGUUGCACAGCUAGACCCAUUCUACGCGUCGCUGAUCCUUUUCCUUGGGCGAGCCUGGGAUGCGGUGGCGGACCCCACGGUCGGAUUCUUGGUCAGCAGAAGCCCCCAGAGGAGAUGUGGGAGGCUGAUCCCCUGGAUCAUCUUCUCCACACCAUUUGGAGUUUUCUUCUUCACCAUGCUCUGGUUCCUCCCCUCGGCUUCACUCUCUGCAUCACUGAAGUUCUUUUGGCAUUUGAUCAUGUACUGCUUGUUCCAGACUUGCAUGAGUUGUUAUCUUGUGCCUUAUUCCUCGCUGACCAUGUUCCUGGGAGGGAGUCAGGGAGACCGGGACUCUGCCACAGCCUACAGGAUGGGAGUGGAGUUGCUGAGCACCCUGGUGGGAACGGGUAUCCAAGGACAAAUCGUUGGCAGUCACCAUGCGAGCAUGACGGAGAGCUGUGAUGCUGCAAACGGCACUCUGAGGAACGGCACCUCUCUGCUCCCAGAAACGCUGGAAAAUGCGCGCAGCGCGUACGUGGCUGCCUCCCUGGUGCUUGGCUCCCUUUAUUGCUUCUCGUGUUUGGUGCUCUUCUUGGGAGUGAAAGAGCGACCAGGGCCAUACAGCCCUUUGGGGAAGACGAAACUUGCAUUCUUUGGCAGCUUGCGCACUAUCCUAGGCCACGGACCGCACACCCGGCUCCUUGGUGGGUUCUUGUUUUCAUCACUGGCUUUCCAGCUCGUGCAGGGAAUCUUUGCCUUCUUCUGUACUCAUGUGGCUGGAUUGGCUGGGAGCUUCCAGUACCUGGUCCUUAUCAUGCUGGCGGUCGCCUGCCUCACCAUCCCUGCCUGGCAGUGGUUUCUGGUUAGGUUUGGGAAGAAGACGGCUGUCUUCUUAGGCCUGUCGCUGAUCAUCCCGGCCCUCAUUCCUAUCACUGUGAUGACCCACAACUUCCUGCUCCACGUCUUCAUGGUCACCCUGGCAGGAAGCAGCCUGGCCGUCCUGUACCUGUUGCCAUGGUCCAUGCUUCCAGAUGCAGUGGACAAUUUCAAACUGGAACACCCUGACUGCCCCAACCUGGAACCUUUUUUCUACUCGCUCUACGUUUUCUUCAACAAGUUUGCAGGAGGGCUUUCCCUGGGCAUUUCCACCAUGAGCUUACACUUUGCAGGUUACAGAGCCACGGACUGCGCGCACAACCCCCGGGUCAUCCUCACGCUGCGCAUCCUCAUGGCCCCGGUGCCUGUUACCCUGUUGCUCUGUGCCAUGUCAGUGUUCUCCUCCUACCCCAUCAACGAAGAGCAGAGGAAAUGGAUCAGGGUGGAAAUGGAAGCUGUUGGGUAA